CUUCCUCUCGCUAAACCCCGCCUCCACGUUUCCAUGCAUUGGCGCGCUUCGCCUCUGUGACUCUCUGCUCCUCCCCGGGUCGCGGUGACUCUGUAGCGGGCUGCGGGUAAAAACACAGCAGGCAUGAGUGCGGCGGGUAGUGCUCGGUCUGGUUCGGCCGCUGGCCCGGUACAGCAGGGACUAAAAGAGGCUCUGAUCGAGACGCUGACGGCCAUCCUGUCCCCGGUUCAAGAAGUGCGCGCCGCCGCGGAGGAGCAGAUCAAAGUGCUGGAAGUGACAGAGGAGUUUGGCGUUCAUCUGGCAGAACUCACAGUUGAUCCUCAGGGAGCAUUAGCAAUCCGUCAGUUAGCAUCAGUCAUCCUGAAGCAAUAUGUGGAGACUCACUGGUGUUCCCAGUCAGAGAAAUUCAGACCUCCUGAAACCUCCGAUCAGGCUAAAGCCGCCAUCAGGGUGCUGCUGCCAAGCGGUCUGCGGGAGGCGAUAAGCAAAGUCCGCUCCAGUGUUGCGUAUGCCGUGUCGGCCAUCGCCCACUGGGACUGGCCCGAGGCGUGGCCGCAGCUGCUUACCCUCCUGAUGGAGAUGCUGGUCAGCGGAGACGUCAAUGCUGUGCACGGGGCCAUGAGGGUCCUCACGGAGUUUACUCGGGAGGUGACUGAUACACAGAUGCCGCUGGUGGCUCCAGUCAUCUUACCUGAAAUGUACAAGAUCUUCACCAUGGCCGAGGUGUACAGUAUUCGUACCCGAUCCAGAGCAGUGGAGAUUUUUACCACCUGUGCCAACCUCAUCUGUGCAAUUGAAGAGCACGAGAAGGGUGCAGCCAAAGCGUUGAUCUUCCCCGUGGUGCAGCAGUUCACAGAAGCGUUUGUGCAUGCGCUGCAGAUGCCUGAAGGACCCUUGUCUGAUAGCGGUCUCAAGAUGGAAGUCCUCAAGGCAGUAACCGCGCUGGUGAACAACUUCCCCAAACCCAUGGUGUCCUCCAUGCAGCAGAUAUUACCCAUCGUAUGGAACACACUGACUGAAAGUGCAGCUUUUUAUGUGAGAACAGAAGUCAACUACACGGAGGAAGUGGAUGACCCUGUAGACUCUGACGGUGAAGUUUUAGGUUUUGAGAAUCUGGUGUUCAGCAUCUUUGACUUUGUCCACACGCUGCUGGAGAACAACAAGUUAAAGGGUACGGUGAAGAAAGCCCUGCCUGAACUCAUCUACUACAUCAUCCUGUACAUGCAGAUCACCGAGGACCAGAUCAAAGCGUGGACGGCGAACCCCCAGCAGUUUGUAGAGGAUGAGGAUGAUGACACCUUCUCCUACUCUGUCAGGAUCUCUGCUCAGGAUCUGCUGCUGGCUGUUGCUGCAGAGUUUCAGAAUGAGAGCGCAGCAGCGCUGGCAGCGGCAGCAACCAGACAUCUCCAGGAGGCAGAGCAGGCCAAAAACAGUGGCAAUGAGCACUGGUGGAAGAUUCAUGAGGCCUGCAUGUUGGCUCUCGGCUCUGUUAAAACCAUCAUCACAGAGAAUGUGAAGAACGGGCGAAUCCAGUUCGACAUGCAUGGCUUCCUGGCCAGUGUUAUCCUCGCCGAUCUCAACUUGGCAUCGGCGUCUCCGUUCCUCCUCGGCCGGGCUCUGUGGGCGGCCAGUCGCUUCACCGCGGCCAUGUCUCCCGAGCUCAUCCAGCAGUUCCUCCAGGCCACCGUCAGCGGCCUCCACGCCAGCCAGCCGCCCUCCGUGCGCAUCUCCGGGGUCAGGGCCAUCUGGGGGUAUUGCGAUCAGCUGAAGCUGUCGGACAGCACACAUGUCCUCCAGCCGUUCCUCCCCAGCAUCCUCGAGGGACUCGUCCAACUGGCCGCCCAGUUCAGCUCCGAGGUGCUCACCCUCGUCAUGGAAACUCUGUGCAUCGUGUGCACCGUCGACCCGGCCUUCACCACCAGCGCCGAGAACAAGAUCUGCCCCCUCACCAUUGCUAUUUUCCUUAAGUAUAACAAUGACCCUGUGGUGGCGUCUCUGGCUCAGGACAUCUUUAAGGAACUGGCACAAAUCGAAGGCUGCCAGGGCCCCAUGCAGAUGCGUCUCAUCCCCACGCUGGUCAGCAUCAUGCAGGCUCCCCCCGACAAGAUCCCCUCUGGACUCUGUGCUCCGUCCAUCGACAUCCUGACCACUGUAGUCCGAAACACCAAAGCCCCGCUGUCAGAGAUGCUGGUGUGCCAGGCUUUUCCUGUGGUGGCACAGUGUACCUUACGCACUGAUGACAACACGAUAAUGCAGAACGGAGGUGAGUGUCUGCGGGCGUACGUCUCCGUCGCCCUGGAGCAGAUCGCUCAGUGGAGGGACGAGCAGGGGAACAGCGGCCUCUGGUACGUCAUGCAGGCGGUAAACCAGCUGCUGGACCCCCGGACCUCCGAGUUCACGGCCGCCUUUGUGGGCAGGUUGGUGUCCACUCUGAUCUCUCGGGCGGGAACCCAGCUCGGGGAACAGCUGGACCAGAUCCUUCGAGCGAUUCUGAGCAAGAUGCAGCAAGCUGAGACUCUGAGUGUCAUGCAGUCUCUGAUCAUGGUGUUUGCCAACCUGGUUCACUCCCAGCUGGAGCCUCUGCUGGAGUUCUUGUGCAGUCUGCCCGGCCCGACGGGGAAACCUGCCCUGGAGUUCGUCAUGACUGAGUGGAUGAGCAGGCAGCACCUCUUCUACGGACAGUACGAGGGUAAAGUCAGCACGGUGGCUCUCUGUAAGCUCCUGCAGCACGGUCUCAACACGGACGACAAACGUCUCCAGGACAUCGUGGUGAAGGGAGAAGAGCUGUACAGCCCUGAAGACGGCAUCCGCACACGCUCCAAAUCUGCCAAGAACCCAGAGCGGUGGACCAACAUUCCUUUGCUAGUGAAGAUCUUUAAACUGAUUAUCAAUGAGCUGUCGACGGUAGUGGAGGCCAACUCCAGCAGGGCGAACGCAGCAGACUGGACUCAAGAUUCCAGUGGGAUGUGGGAGGAAGAUGAAGAGGGUGAUGAUGAGGAGGAGGAAGAUGAAGGGGUGGCAGGGCAGCUGCUUUCUGAUCUCAUCGCCUCCAACAAAUACGAUGAUGAUUAUUACGAGGAUGAUGACGAGGACGAUCCAGAUGCUUUGAAAGACCCCAUAUAUCAGAUUGAUCUGCAGGCUUACCUGACAGACUUCCUGACACAGUUCGCCCAGCAGCCGUGUUACAGCAUGUUCUCAGGCCACCUCAACCCCACCGAGAGACAAACCCUGCAGUCGAUAGGCCUCUAGCCCCGUCGUCUGCCGCUCAAACGCAUCUUCCAUCUAAACUCUCCUAAUGCCCCAUCACUUGAGCGGAGGAAGGGGUUAAAAGAAGACGGACAUGCACUUACCCAUAACUCCACUCGUUGAUGAGAUGAAGGACUUUGCAGAUGUUAAAGCGAGGAGGAUGAAGAGGUGAGACACUGCCCAGGUCUGUUCCUGAAGACGCUCAGAGGACUCACCAUUUUAGAGAUAUUUCAGACUGGACGAGAGGAUUGAAUAAAAAGUUUGAUGCUUCAGCGGAACAGGUGAACCACGAAAUAUGAACGGACUAUUUUGCCAUGUCCAAUUUGUAACUUAGCCCGUUAUUUUUGUUGUUUCUGUAUAAACGGAGUAAAAAAAAAACACAACAUGGAAAACACUUCAAAGAGACUUUAUAUUGAUUUGAAGGAAAGAAUAAAAACAAACAUCCUGAUCUUUGGGGGAGGGAGAGAAACAUUGGCUGCCUUAUAUUCCAGAAAAGCGUUGACUGUUUCUGACAGGAAAUGAAAAGCUCUUCGACCAGCUGUCGUGUUUCGGGGUACGGUGGGUAUUUGAAAAAUUCACACUGUUCCCACAGUGCUUCACAGCCUUGUCAUUUCCUUGUACACCCAUUGAAAUUUGGGGUGGAAAAAUUUCUAAAUAAAAGUCCCGAAAGGACAAUAUUUCCAGAUUGAUUUCCAGAUUCCUCUCUUGUCUCCCCAAGCAGUUAAUAAUAAUUAAGUAUGUCACAUUUUCAAUUAAAUCUGAACCUUAAACCUAGAAAACUCAUGUUUUUUCCACUCGGGGGAUACGGUCGCUCCUCGUGCUCUUACUGUGCUGCUUACAUUAUAAUUAUUUUUUUGUUUUUGUUAAUCUAUUUAUGAAAAAUGAAGGUGUCUUAGAUUGCAGAUGUGUGCUCACUAUAAAAUCACUGUACAAUGCAAGUUGGUGGUGGUAAGUGUUAGUUUUGACAUUUUUAUUAGUAACUAUUGCAGCUCAAAUAGAAUAGUAUAUCAUGUGCACCCAAAAUUAGUAAAUUAAGUAAGUUGUGAUGAACCAACAAUCAAUAUGUUUAACUUAGAGAAGGGAAUUGUUAAGGAAAUGUUCACAUCUGGCAAUGUUUAAGUGUAAAGCCAUAUAAACUAUGCAUUUUGUUUAGUAAAUUAUAAUUUCAUUUUAAAACAUUGGUAACACUUUAGUUAAAGUCGCAGUUUUAUCAUUCUACUCUACACACAAAUGGUUUUAUUAUGCAAGUGUUAACGUCUGUCCCAAGGAUACGUUACACCAGGAAACUUAAGUUUAAGCAGUGUAUAUACCGUGUUUAUUAAUGCAUUUGUCAACAACUAUAUCUGCUGUGGGUAUCCAUAAGUGAAGGCUGCUGUAUAAAAUGGUUAAUGAAUGACAUAGUAAAACUACAGUUGUAGUAAUAUAAAAUAUGUUUUCAUAUGAGAAGUUACGAUUGCUGAAAAAUACUGUACAUUAAUAAACACAAAUGUCCUUUUA